AUGGAGACUAGAGUGGCGCGUACUGGACAGAAAAGGCAAGUCCUAUUUCUUUGUGUAUUUCUGGGAGUGUCUUGGGCUAGUGCAGAACCGCUUCGGUAUUUUGUGGCUGAGGAAACGGAGAGAGGCACCUUUCUGGCCAACCUAGUGAAAGACCUGGGGCUACGGGCAGGGGAAUUGUCAUCCCGGGGGGCUAGAGUCAUUUCAGAUCAGAAUAUACUAUUUUUACUUCUCAAUCCGCUUACUGGUGAUUUACUGCUAAAUGAGAAAUUAGAUCGCGAAGAGCUGUGCGGCCCUACAGAGUCUUGUGUGCUGCCUUUUCAGUUGUUACUAGAAAAGCCUUUUCAGAUUUUCCGGGCUGAACUGUGGGUCAGUGAUAUCAACGAUCAUUCUCCAGUAUUUCUGGACAGAGAGAUUCCCUUGAAAAUAUUAGAAAGUACCAUUCCAGGGGCAGUAUUUCUCCUAGAGAGUGCACAAGAUGCAGAUGUUGGAAUCAACAACCUGAGGAACUACACAGUCAGCCCCAAUGAAUAUUUCCAUAUCAAUGUCCAUGAAAGUAAUGAAAGGAAUAUCUACCCUGAGUUGGUACUGGAUAGAGCUCUGGACCGAGAAGAGGUGCCUGCCCUCAGUUUAACGCUAACAGCUUUGGAUGGUGGCUCUCCACCUAGAUCGGGUACCGCCCUGGUACGGAUCACGGUUGUGGACACAAACGACAAUGUCCCUGAAUUUGUACAGUUGCUCUACAACGUGCAGGUACCUGAGAAUAGCCCAGUAGGUUCACUAGUCGCCACGGUGUCAGCUAGAGACUUAGAUGCUGGAAGUAAUGGGGAAAUAGUUUAUGCAUUUUUUUACGCAACUGAUAAAAUUCUCAAAACAUUUCAAAUCGAUCCCAUAUAUGGCACAAUUCAUCUUAAAGCUGAACUGAACUAUGAGGCAAUACAAAACUAUACAUUAACUGUUCAGGCUGAAGAUGGUGGCGGACUUUCUGGAAAAUGCACUGUGGUGGUUCAAGUCACAGAUAUUAAUGAUAAUCCGCCAGAACUAUUCAUGUCAUCACUUACUAGCCCAAUUUCAGAAAACUCUCCACAAACAGUAGUAGCUGUUUUUAGGAUUAGAGACAGAGAUUCAGGGAAUAAUGCAAAGUUACUGUGCUCCAUCCAAGAUGAUCUCCCCUUCAUCCUGAAGCAAUCUGUAGAGAAUUACUACACCCUGGAAACAGAGAAAGCACUGGAUCGUGAGGAGGAACCUGAGCUCAGGUUAAUUCUCACAGCUCAGGAUGGUGGCUCUCCACCCAGGUCUGGUACUGCUCAGGUCUACAUCGAAGUCAUGGACAUCAAUGAUAAUGCCCCUGCAUUUGAGCAACCUUUCUAUAGGGUGCAGAUCCCUGAGGACAGUCCCAUAGGAUUCUUGAUCAUCGCAGUCUCAGCUACUGAUAUAGAUAUAGGAGUCAAUGGAGAGAUUUCCUAUUCACUUUUUCAGGCAUCAGAGGAGAUUAGCAAAACCUUUGAGAUCAACGCUAUAACAGGAGAAAUUCAACUGAAAAAACAACUUGACUUUGAAACAUCUCAGUCCUAUGAGAUCAAUGUUGAGGCCAGAGAUACUGGAAGCUUGUCAGGAAAAUGCACUGUUUUGACUCAAGUCAAGGAUGUGAAUGACAAUGCCCCAGAAAUCAUCAUGUCUGCAUUUACCAAGCAGAUCCCUGAGAAUUCCCCUGAGACUGUGGUUGCAGUUUUCAGUGUUUCAGAUCUUGAUUCAGAAGAAAAUGGGAAAAUACGUUGCUUCAUUCAGGAAGAUCUACCAUUUACCUUAAAAUCUUCCUUGGAAAACUUCUACACUCUAGUAACAGAUAGACCAUUAGAUAGAGAAGACAAAGCCGAGUACAACAUCACAAUCACGGUCUCAGACAUGGGCACCCCCAGCUCGCCGGGGCCCGAGGGCCACUUCCCGGGCCACCUGGUGGACGUCAGCGGCGCCGGGACGCUGUCCCACAGCUACCAGUAUGAGGUGUGCCUGACGGGGGACGCUGGGACAAACGAGUUCAAGUUUCUGAAACCUAUUUUGCCCAAUUUUCAAGGCCAUUCCCCUGGGUCAGAAAUAGAAAAAAAUCCUAACUUUAGGAAUGAGUUUAAUUUCAGCGUUCACUAA